AUGCCAUCAAUCACUGGACUUAUAUUAUCGGAAAAGAAUCAUCCCCGAUUAGUUCAUUUUAUUCUGGUUUUAAAUAACGAACUAGAUCAAGCUUGUACCUAUGCUAAGAAACAUGGCGGAAGUUGUCUUGAAAAAACCGAUGAUCUUACUAGAAUUCUUCGUCGUUAUAUUGAUAAUUGGCGUAAUGUAGUUAAAGUGAUUGAUAAAUUUUUACAUGGUCGUAAAUUCAUAGUCAUAGAUUUAACAAGAGAAAAAAAUGAUCCAUUUUUUAUACGUGCUGGUUGGGAUCAACCUCUCGAAGUUUCUAAUACAUAG